AUGCAUCGCACCGCGGUGGUUCCCUGUGCGACGCCGCCGCGCGCGACGCGCCGGCUCGCGCUCGCGCUCGCGCCGUGCGCGGUGACGACGGCGCCGCGCGCGUGGGCGGCGCGGGAGACGGCGUCGACGAUGACGCCCGGGACGAUUCGUAAACAGAUUUUUAACGACGCGCGAGGACGGGCGACGACGUACCCGCCGUGGAUGCUCGGUGAGUGGACGUGCGCGACGACGUUCGUGGACGCGAGUUUUCCGCGUCGAGACGUGGACGCGCGCGCGCUGGCGAGGGUGCCGGACACCCCAGGGUUUCGCGCGUUGAGCGUCGCGCGCGUCCCGGACGUCGGGCGGGAGGGAACGAUCGAACAUCGCGUGCGGUUCGUGCGCGUGGACGGGAAAACGAGGGAGGAUGUAGGGUUUAAUUUGAUGGAGAUCAUCGACGCGUACGUCGGUGCGGACGCGGUGGAGGCGGUGACGACGGACGGGGACGACCGGACGACGAUACGGCUGAAGCCGCGCGCGAGUCCGAACGCCGAACGUAUCGAGUUGUUCACGAACGCGCGCGAGAGUGGCGUGGAGGGUGAUGCGUUUUACGUGCGCGAGAGUUUUCGACAGGUGUCGCUGGGGUACGGCACGGAGUACGGGAACGCGCGCGUCGCGCCGACGGAUUACGAACACCGCUGGACGUACACGCCGCUCCCAGACGUCCCGGGCGGCGCCGUGGAUGAGACGAACGUGAAUAAGGUGCACGUGAAGCUCGUCACGGCGGCGUACGUUCAGGGACAGGACGCGCUCAGGCUCACGGCGUCGUCGAAUCCGCGCGGCGCGCCGGUUCCCAAACUCGGAGACGCCGCCGGACUCGCGUUCGAGCCAGUCAUCGUGUACACGCACGUCUCCCUCCUCGAGCGCGUGGGAUGCGUGCCGUGA